UUGCCUGAUUCCUUUAAAAUCUCUCUUUAUUUUCUUAGAUUACAUUACAAAACCCCACAUCAUCUGGGAGAGGAGAUUUCCAGCGAGCUGUGCUGAGAGGAUGCACUGGGAAGCACAGGGGAACGAAGACGUCCUUAAGAGAGCAGAGCUCCUGCCCGACAGCUGAGGGUUAACAAAAUGAACAGCUCUUGUGCGGACAGAGUAUGUUCUUGGCAGUGAGCAGUGAUCUGUGUUACAGUAUGUGAGAGCAGAAGUGUGGAGCAGCUCAUUUCCAUUCACUAGCUGGCAGGUUGAGCUUAAAUCUUAGGAUCCAGUGUCUGGCUGCAGCAAAGCAUCCCCCUCCAAGCCUCAUCUCUUCCUCUGGAUAGGGGUCCUCUCCUCUUCGCAGAGCGGGAUUUGACUCGGGGAUGCUGCCAUGAGGAGUUCACAUCUGCAGCUUUGACAGGACUUCCCCCGACUGUCUGAAUGAAUGAGUGCCUUUCAGAGCAGAACCAGCUCCACGUUGCUCUUGGUCUCCCAGGACUGUUUUCCAGCACAGCUCCGGACGAGUGUUCACUGAGCCAUGACUGGGCAAAGAGCAGAGAAAACAGCAGAAUGAAAAAAGCCAAGAGAGCCCAGCGGGUUGUCAACAGUCCUCGUACCAGAGGCUAAACUCACUGCCCUGAAAGAGACCAGGCAGAAGAGGAAGUUGCUUCUCAGUGAGAAAGGAGGAGAAAACAAAAGAGAAACUUUGAAACUGGCUCCACUCGUGGUCUGAGCAUCCCCCCCUCCUGCACCCCCAUUAAAUGAAAGCACCGAGAAACAUGAGAUUUCCUUCUUGAGGGGUGGGAACAUGCUGAACUGGGCAGGAGUGGAGAAGGGCAGCUUUUAGUUUCUGGUGUAGUUUAUAGUGAGAUCCAAGAGAUAGAGCAGAGGUGGGAGGGGAAGGUGGGAGGGGAUCUGAUGCCUGCUGCCAAUAUGACAGAGACCCUCCAGCUCCCGGCAUUGCAGAUCCCAGAGCAACAGGUGCCAGAGUGCAGCCGGGCCUGGUCCAGUUCGUCCACCCCCACCCUGCGCAGGAGGCGCUUCAAGAUGAGACGGAUGAAGAACGUGCAAGAGCAGAGCCUGGAGGCCGGCUCGUACCAGGACUCUCCUUCGCCCAACAAAGAGUUCCUGCAACUCCCAUCCAUAGAAAUCACCCCAUCCAGUGACGAGGACACCCCAUGGUCGAAUUGCUCUACGCCCAGCGCCUCCCCGCGGCGCAAGCGUGUCCUGCUGCGGAAGUGGCUGCGCGUGAGAGAGAAGGAAUACAGUGAAAGCAGCAGCCAGCAGAGUAGCCAGCAAAGCAGCCAUGAUGACGAUUCAUCCCGAUUCCUGAGUCCCCGAAUGCGUGACGAAAGCACUGCCAGUAACUCGAACCGCAGCACGCCUGCCUGCUCCCCCAUCCUGCGCAAACGUUCCCGGUCUCCAACCCCACAGGACUCCCAAGGAGACGCCAUGGUGGAGAAAGGCUCAGACCACUCUUCAGACAAAUCCCCUUCCACUCCGGAGCAGUGUGUGCAGCGCAGCUAUUCCGCUCAGUCGGGCCGCAGUGGGGCCAAGAACUCCAAGAAAAGCCAGAGUUGGUAUAAUCAUGAGAGACAGCACAUCCGGAGAGUGUUGAGUCCGACCUAUAAACAGCGUAACGAAGACUUCAGGAAACUCUUCAAACAGCUUCCCGACACUGAGCGCCUCAUAGUCGAUUACUCAUGUGCGCUUCAAAGAGACAUUCUCCUGCAAGGCCGCCUCUACCUCUCUGAAAACUGGAUCUGCUUCUACAGCAACAUCUUCCGCUGGGAAACACUGCUGACAGUCCGUUUGAAGGAUAUCUGCUCCAUGACCAGAAAAACUGCACGGCUCAUUCCUAAUGCCAUCCAAGUUUGCACUGACACAGAAAAGCACUUUUUCACUUCCUUCGGUGCCCGAGAUAGGACGUACAUGAUGAUGUUCAGACUCUGGCAGAAUGCCCUCCUCGAAAAGCCCCUGUGUCCAAAGGAGCUCUGGCACUUCGUCCACCAAUGUUAUGGGAACGAACUGGGGCUGACCAGCGAUGAUGAAGACUACGUGCCUCCUGAUGAUGAUUUCAACACUAUGGGCUACUGUGAGGAGAUCCCUGUAGAAGAAAAUGAAGUGAAUGACAGCUCCUCCAAGAGCAGCAUGGAGGCCAAACCUGAAGCUAGUCCUCUGCUGCCCAAGAAGUCCAUAACCGCCAGCACGUUGACUUCCACAGGGAGCAGUGAAGCGCCAACUUCAUUUGACGGGAUGCUUCCGGAGGAGGAGGAGUUGGUGGAGAGUCCCCUUGAGAAGGAACUCACUCUCGAAAACAUCAUUGGAGACAAGAUCGAGAUCAUCGCCCCGGUGAACUCCCCUUCCCUGGACUUCAACGACAACGAGGACAUUCCAACGGAGCUCAGCGACUCGUCGGAGACCCAUGAUGAAGGGGAAGUUCAGGCCUUUUACGAGGAUCUGAAUGGCCGGCAGUACAUGAAUGAGGUGUUCAGUUUCAGCGUGGACAAACUGUAUGACCUGCUCUUCACUGACUCCCAGUUCCAGAGGGAUUUCAUGGAACAGCGUCGGUUCUCCGAUAUUAUCUUUCAUCCAUGGAAGAAGGAAGAAAACGGCAAUCAGAGCAGAGCAAUCCUGUACACGAUCACCCUCACCAACCCUCUCGCCCCAAAAACUGCUACUGUCACUGAGACUCAGACAAUGUACAAAGCCAGCCAAGAAAGCGAGUGCUACGUGAUAGACGCAGAGGUGCUAACUCACGACGUCCCCUACCAUGAUUAUUUCUACACCAUUAACCGCUACACGUUGACUCGUGUCGCCAGAAACAAAAGCCGACUCAGGGUUUCUACAGAGCUACGUUACAGGAAGCAGCCAUGGGGGCUUGUGAAAUCCUUCAUCGAGAAAAACUUCUGGAGUGGCCUAGAAGAUUAUUUCCGUCAUUUAGAGAGCGAACUGACCAAAACCGAGAGCUUGUACCUAGCGGAGAUCCACAGACAAUCCCCCAAAGAGAAGAUGAGCAAGCAAUCCACAUUGCGCCGAAGGAAACGGCCCCACGCCCACCUGCGGGUGCCACACUUGGAGGAGGUGCUGAGUCCUGUCACCACCCCCACAGAUGAGGAGGUUGUGCAUCGCAUCAAGCACGUGGCAGGUUCCACACAGACGCGGCAUGUCCCUGAGGACAGUCCCAGUGGCUUCCAUCUCCAGAGCGUCUCCAAGCUGCUGGUCGUUAUCAGCUGUGUGAUUUGUUUCAGUCUGGUGCUGUUGGUUAUUCUCAAUAUGAUGCUGUUCUACAAACUUUGGAUGUUGGAAUACACCACCCAGACCCUCACCGCAUGGCAGGGCCUGCGACUACCAGAAAGGUUACCCCAGUCUCAGUCAGAAUGGGCUCAGUUGCUAGAGUCCCAGCAGAAGUAUCAUGACACAGAGCUACAGAAGUGGCGUGAAAUCAUCAAAUCCUCCGUGAUGCUUCUAGACCAGAUGAAGGAUUCACUAGUAAACCUUCAGAAUGGCAUCGGGUCACGCGACUACGGGUCGGAACCAGAGGAGAAACGGAAGCGUUUCCACUAACAGAGGCGAACAUAGGAGGCCAGAGGAUUGUGUGCAAUAUGUGUAUAUA